UACCAAGAAAAAAGAAAGUUUAGUUAAAUCAAAAAGAUCGAUCGUGAUCGCAAUUGAGAUUAAAUGGCGAUGGAAAUAGCAACUCCGAUUCAUGCACCGGUUACAUCUCCGGCCAGCAACCUCAUCAUAUCAGCAACAACGGCCGUGGAAACUCAGAAGAAGAACAGGAUUCAAGUUUCCAACACCAAGAAACCCUUAUUCUUCUACGUUAACCUCGCCAAGAGGUACAUUCAACAGCACAACGAGGUUGAGCUUUCUGCACUUGGUAUGGCGAUCACAACAGUGGUUACUAUCUCAGAAAUUUUGAAGAACAAUGGACUUGCAACAGAGAAGAGAGUUCUGACAUCGACAGUGGGAAUGAAAGACGAGAACAAAGGGAAGAUAGUUCAGAAGACAAAGAUUGAGAUUGUGUUGGCGAAAUCAGACAAAUUUGAUUCUCUGAUGACUCCAGCGCCGGAGGAGGAGGCGGUGGCGAAUAUGGGAGAGAAACCAAUUGAAACUGAAGCUCGUGAAGGCAAGAAGGAGUGACCACCUAAACAGAUUUCGAGGAUUAGUAUCAUUUUCUUUAUAACUAUAACAAGCAAACUGUUUGUGCGACGACACAUAAAAAAGAAUGCUUUCUUAU